UGCAUGCGGAAGCGCUGCUGUGGCUUUCAGCGAAAUGGCGGAAGGAGAGCUGAAUGUUGACAGUCUGAUCUCCAGACUGCUGGAAGUGCGAGGAUGCAAGCCGGGCAAGAUCGUGCAGAUGACGGAGGCGGAGGUGCGGGGGCUGUGUAUAAAGUCCCGUGAGAUUUUCCUCAGUCAGCCCAUCCUGCUGGAGCUGGAGGCUCCGCUUAAAAUCUGCGGUGAUAUCCACGGUCAGUACACUGACCUGCUGCGGCUGUUUGAGUACGGGGGCUUUCCUCCAGAGGCCAAUUACUUGUUUCUGGGGGAUUAUGUGGACCGGGGGAAGCAGUCCCUGGAGACCAUCUGCCUGCUUCUGGCAUACAAGAUCAAAUACCCUGAAAACUUUUUCCUGCUCCGCGGCAACCAUGAGUGUGCCUCCAUCAACCGCAUCUACGGAUUCUACGAUGAGUGCAAACGUCGGUUCAAUAUCAAGUUAUGGAAGACUUUCACCGACUGCUUUAACUGCCUGCCUAUCGCUGCCAUUAUUGAUGAGAAGAUUUUCUGCUGUCAUGGAGGUCUCUCUCCUGAUCUUCAGUCUAUGGAACAGAUCCGCCGCAUUAUGAGGCCCACUGAUGUCCCUGACACAGGGCUGCUGUGUGACCUGCUUUGGUCAGAUCCGGAUAAAGACGUUCAGGGCUGGGGUGAGAAUGACCGAGGCGUGUCCUUCACCUUCGGGGCUGAUGUGGUCAGCAAGUUCCUCAACCGCCAUGACCUAGACCUUAUCUGCAGAGCACAUCAGGUGGUUGAAGAUGGUUAUGAGUUUUUUGCCAAGCGGCAGCUGGUCACGCUGUUCUCCGCCCCAAACUACUGCGGGGAAUUUGACAACGCCGGAGGCAUGAUGAGUGUGGACGAGUCGCUCAUGUGCUCUUUUCAGAUCCUGAAGCCGUCGGAGAAAAAGGCAAAGUAUCAGUACGGCGGAGUGAACUCAGGCCGUCCCGUCACUCCUCCCCGCACUGCUCAGGCUCCGAAGAAGAGGUGAGCUGGUUGGCUUUCUGGAGUCCAGUACUGACCCCCCCCCCCCCCCCCCCCCCCCCCCGGGCAGGCCCUUCCCUUCAGCCUCCACUUUACAUGUACAUACUUUUUUGCUGUGACUGUUUUUUCUUUGCUUGUUUGUUGGUAUUUCUGUUGAUGAUUGAUAUUGAGUAAAGGACUGUGGUUAUACAGUGCAGUGAGACUUGUUGCUCAGCCGUGUGCUACAUUACAGCUGCUGCAACAUGGAUAAAUAGAUGAAAAGCUGGUGUGUGGGGCUGAGAAGUGAGGUAAGUGGUAAGAUAGGACAGUAUCUUGCCCUCAUAAAAAAGGAUGUGGUGUGUUUUUUGAGGACCGAUGGGUUUUAUUGUAUAUACUCUUCCAAACCAGUACAGUGCCCCAUAAGCUCGGACUUUGCUCAGAAGAUGUCCUGCGUUUAGAGCUGGACUUGAAAAAUAAGCUUAAUUUAUUCUUUUGGACACAAGAAUGUAAAAUUUAAUGAGACGUGGAAUUAAAGUUCUGCAUACAGUGCAAAACUUGAACACAUUGCCGUAUGUAUUUGUCAAUAAACAAUUAGUGUUAUUUGAUGAGGGGGGAAAAAAAAUAACUAAAUGACCUCAAAGGAUUCGUUGUAGUUGCACCUUUGUAAUUAUAACAUUUUACCAGUUAGUGCUACCAAGUUUUCUUCACCAGCUUAUGUAAAAAAACACUUUAAUUUCCAAGGACUGGGUGUAUUUCCUUCUAACCCUGUUGCCUGUGUGAAUUUUAUUAUAGACAGUAUUUAAAUAGCCGGGAAUUUGAAAUAAGUUCAUUCUUAACGAACCUCUGCAUGCUCCACCCACAAAAUAGUUUGUUGCUAGUUCAGACAAGCUUUAGAGAAUGCUGGUAAACUCGCAUUCGGCCUAAUGAGAAGCUGUAGAACAGACUCCGUUCAGAGCACAAACCCUGUUUUAACAUUGUCCUAUUCGUUUCGAAUGCCAUUCAUUUUGUAUGGAUGUGAUAGGACACAGUAGUGCUUCAGCUUAUGUUAGCCUGGUGGCUAAUUGAUUGUUCAGUAAAUUGAUUGUUCAGUAAAUUGAUCCGAUUCAGUAGCGUAGCAGUUUAAACUGGAAACUUUAUGUAGCAAAUAGGACAAAACUAAAUUUCCCAUUAGGUUGAACAGACCUCUGACGUUACGUCUCAUUCUGUAUUUGGCACCACACCCACAUUAGGAACUCCGGGCCCAAGCCGCUUUGUUCCAUGGCAUUUUCAGGAAUCGCUUGUCCUGCCCUGUGCUAAAUUAAAACGCCCCAAACGUGAUUGUGUACGUUUCCUUGUCAGGGGAUCCUCUGACGAGGCUGUUUAGCAGUUAAACUACGAAUGCUACAUGCUGAAAUGGGGUAGUGUGGCGAGGUCUGUCUAAUGCGGUCAGUUUAGUGUGCUGCUAGCCCUCACCUUCUUACUGGCCUCUGAAUUUAGAAGAUCUGGUAACACUUGGAGGAAAAACGUCUGAUUGACAGAACAUAUUUGACCGUUUUUGUUUACCACAGGACACUGUAGCAGCUGUUUUCAGUGACGCUACACAAUGACGAGACAACAGAGGUCUAUAGCGUUUUCCCGGUGUGGUGUAGAGCUUGUUCUACCUUGCAAAAAAUCUAUGGGUGGGCAGAAGCAUGGAUGGGUCAAUUUUCAGUCUAAAGCUUUAGUCUCAUACUAGCACACGAAUGGGUUUGGGUAAAAGCUCAUAUAGUCUAACCAAAUUGUCACAGUAUACACAAGCCAUACUGAAGGCUCUGGGGCAGCGUUGAGCGCCUCAUGGAUGAAAGAAAUCGUGUUAAACACACUACAGAAGUGCCGUUGCUCUGCCCAGCUUGCACAUCUAUUUAUCAAGUGCUCUGAUGACCCCGUAGUGUUGCAGACCACGCAAGGCACAGUGCAACUUGACCUCUGUAGAUGGAGACACAGGCCUUGUUUCAGUCCUGUGUUUAACAUACCCUCGCCACUUGGAAGUGCAUCACACCCACUUCAUGCAAGGUGAGGAGGGGACUCAUUCAGAGGGGACUUUUCAGUUAAAACAAGUACCGAGUACUCAGGUACCCAUGCACAUCCCUAAUUAGAACAUGAUGUGCGUUAACUGUGAAUAAUUGCUUUGUCUUGGUUUAAAACCGCAUUCUUACUAGCUGUGUAGCCCAUUUUGCUACCGAAAAUUCAGUCUGAACAUGCCAAAUUAAACAUUGUGGAUCCGGAAUCUUAAGCUUUUAAAAACCCUGCUGUGGCUUAUUUGUCCACCUUUUUUCCAGGUUUGAAAUAGAAAAUACAUCCGAUCUGUUGCUGUCUAUUCUUAUGGGCUCAUCUAAACAGCUUGAUUUGAGCUGAUAAGCAAUAGCACAGCCCUUAAGAUGGUGUUGGGGAUUCCCUCAAGGGGAAAUGGCGAGUGCGUGUUGAAGCCGGUGGGUGUGCUUCCGUUUGCAGUGUAAAAAUAAGUAGGCAGAGUUCUUGCAGGGCAUUUCAAGUGUACUCGUAUUAUUUGAAUGAAACUUUGCACAAUUCCCAUCUUCUAUCCAAAUAAACUGAAAAGUGCACUAACAUAUGAGCUUUUGCCCUCAGCCACUUUGUCUCAUCCUCUGAAUUUGUUAGCACAGCUGAAAGCAGCAGUAGAAGCCUUGUAAUUGUAAUUAUUGCCUUACACUGCUAUUCAAUACUGCCAUCUGAUCUCAAAUUCUGACUUAUUGUGAUUCCUGGUAACGGAUGGAUGUGCAUUUUUUUGCUUUCGUUGUUUUUUUGCCUUUAAAUGGUGGAGUUAGGAACUCGGCAGACAGCUUGCUGUUAUAUAGUGAUCUGGUCAGGGUAGGAACCAAGUUAAAUUUAUUGAUUUGUGUGAUUAAUAAAACAUUCACCGAUUGGUUUUGAUUUGCAGUACAGUUUGCCUUUUUUGACCUGUUACCAAAAGUCAGGAGAUGUUGAAGUGUUUUAAAUCACUUUUGAGAUUUGUACCAGUUUCAAACUCUUUGAUUGGAAUAAAUGGAAUAGUGAUGUUGA